GAGAGGGAGGGGGGAAUUCAAGCUAUUUCACUGAGUUACAGAGAGACACAGAGAGAGAGUGUGUAUGUAUGUGUGUGUGCAUCCUACAUGCCUGGUGCAACGACCCUCUUUCACCUGCAGUCGUCUGAAAUAAACAUCAAAACAGCUGCCGCCGUCAACAAGAAUUGCAACGAGAGAAAGAAUCAAAUGGCAGGGGACAAGAAGCCAGUGAAGGGCAUCAGGGCCAAUCAGCUGGCUGCAAUGUUGGAAGGCCAGAAAGAGAUGUUGGUCAUUGAUUGUCGUCCUAAUGCUGACUACCACAUCCUACACGUGCUAAACGCUGUCAAUAUCUGUGCCUCAAAGAUCACGCCUGAGAGGGAGUUGCUCACUGAACUCCUGCAACCAAGCCCAACAAUGAUGACAAAGGACCUAGAAGCAAAGGAGCUGGUGCUAUAUGACCAAGAAACAAAGGAUGCAAAAUGUCCUCCAGCCAGCGACAUCAUCACAAUCCUCCUGCGAAAACUGGAGAAGCAAUUCAACAAUAUAUAUUUUCUUAAAGGGGGAUUUCUGGAGUUUUCCUCGUGUUUUCCCAGCCUGUGUGAAGGGAAGUCAACCAAUUCACUGCCCAGCAGCUUCUCACAGCCGUGUCUCUCCAUGUGUGACAUGGGACCCACUCAGAUCCUCCCCUACUUCUACUUGGGCUCUCAGAAUGAUGUUCUGAAUAAGGAAUUGAUGACUCAGAAUGGGAUAACCCACAUUUUGAAUGUGAGCAGUAACUGCCCAAAACCCACAUUUAUCCCGGACAGCCAUUUCCUGAGGAUCCCAGUCAAUGACAGCUACUGUGAGAGUCUCUUACCUUGGCUGAACAAGUCUGUGGAAUUCAUAGACACAGUGCGGUCAAUGAAGUCUCGGGUUUUGGUUCACUGCUUGGCUGGGAUCUCGCGGUCUGCAGCAAUUGCUAUUGCUUACGUCAUGAGGACAAUGGAUUUCUCUUUGGACGAUGCUUACAGGUUUGUGAAAGACCGAAGACCCUCAAUAUCGCCGAACUUCAACUUCCUGGGCCAGUUAGUGGAGUAUGAAAAGACCAUCCUUCAGAUCCAGGCUUCGGCCCACACAGCACAAAGCCUCCUUCAUCCUCAGAACAGCCCAACGCAAGAAGAGGCCAACCAGCUGGACACUUGUGAAGACCCCGAUGAAGACGCAGCAAUACUUGCCCCUCAUUUUCCCACCUUGCACAUUCCAGCACAGCGCAUGGACCGUUUGGGUAAAGGCAAAGGAUUUGGCAAUGAUGCGGGUAGCAAUCCCAGAGACUUUGGGAAAGUGGCUCCAGAGAUGACAGCCUUUCAGCAAGGGUUCUCCGAGCUCCGCCUCUCGCCGGAGCAGAUAUCACACACCAGCGGCUUGAAGCGCUCUUUCUCCCUGGACGUGAAGUCUGUCUACUCUUCAGCCCCGCAUGUCGGAUGCUAUCAGGCCGCGCAGCCAGCGGAGACAGGCCCUGUCCCAAAGCUGCUGGGUUUUCAGAGCAAGUUGGUCACCAGCACCUUCAACCCAUUCACCCUCUUGUUCGGCAACACCAGGAAAGGCCGUGGGAAAGACAGCAACAUGCCUCAUGGAGCCACGCAGGUUUCGAAAGCCCAGCAGAAAUGUAGCUGUCUCGAGAAUCCUUCUCCUGUCAUUGGAGCUGACCAAGGACCAAUGCGUUCCCCUUGCGUGACUCGCCAAAAGGACAGUGGUCAGAAUGAUCCCACCGCAAGAGUGACACUGAGCUUGCCCGUUGCCAAAUCAUCGCCGCUGCUUGAUUAUAGCAGCUGCCUCAUAACAGUGCAUGGCAAGAGGACACAGUUAUCUCUGUUUGAACAUCCUUACAGUGGCCCCACAGAUUGCAAGGCCAUCACACCCGAUCACAUCACGAGGAACGUGGGCCUCUACGCUGACAAUGUGGUGAAAUCCUAA